CAGCCCUGGACAGGCCUCUCAGGAUUUAGCAUUCUCUCCCUUGGCCUCACUGGGCACCUGCCCUCCUGGCCAAGCCUGCUCUGCCCAUGUCCCCAGCUCUGCUUGGCCUCCCUUGAGAAGGAAGCAGGCAAGCUCCAGUGGCGGCCAGGGCCCUGGACCGCAGUUCCCAGAAUUUAAUGACCUUCCAGGAUAUUUUUAACCUUCUCAGAUAUUUAAAUGACGGAGUUAAAUCUUAGAUUAGACUUGAGAAGUUGGGCACAUGAAAGUCAAGGCCAGAUGAUGGCCCAGCAGAUCCUCAGAAACCCUCAGGCUGAUCUGAAAGUUGCAGAGGUGUUUACAAAAUUCUAGCUUGGAGAGGCAAAUUCAUUUUUGUGAAGGAUGAGCCUUUUCCAGUAGAAGAGGCUGUGACCUCUGUGUUUCUGAAUCAGUCCUCACUGGCCUGCGGCCACCCGGCCUCAGCAGGACUCAGUGCGGGAUGGUGUGUGUGUGGGCAGAGGGUCUGCCUGGCUGACGUGGUUUCCAGGGGCCCCUGUGCUCCAUCUGGGUGUCUCCACACGUCCUUCACCCUUCCCACCAUCAGGGAAGGGGGUCUGCCCCAGUGACCCUCACCACUGCAAAGGUGGGAAAUGCUUGCUUGUGAGUUGUGCAUCUCUGCAGCAGGAGCAGAACAGAAAGCGUCAGCAUUUCAGCAUCACAGGUGUGGUUCCCUGUGUUCUGGUCACAACCAUGGGAAGGCCCUACCCAGGCUGCGUGUCUGGGACCCAGAUCGUCUCUCAGCACUCCCCGGCCAGACCCUCACACAGGGAGGUCGAGGCCUGGCAGUGGGCGCUGACUCAGAGCCCUGCCCCUUGCUGAGAAAGCCCCUGGAAGGCUCCCCACCCGAGUCGUCUACCUCAGCUCGGGUUCAAGCUCGUCCGGCCAUCUCCGUGAGCACAGUCUGAGCCAAGCGACCCAGCCAAGCAGACUUCAGAUCAUCUCCCUAAAGAAACAGGGGUUGGAGAAGCACCAACAGAGGGCUCCUGAGCUGGCACCAGCUGAAAGGGGCCCCUGAGAUGAGCCCCGACGAGGGGAAACCGGCCAAGGGCCCAGCCUCCUGACCCCGGGCCAGCGCAUGGGGCCAUGGCCCUGCUCCCUGGGCACGCGGAGCCCCGGGGUCCCGAGCCCCUGGGUGGAGGCCGGGCCCGCGCCCGGCACGUCAUCAUCAACGUGGGCGGCUGCAGGGUGCGCCUGGCCUGGGCCGCGCUGGCGCGCUGUCCCCUCGCACGCCUCGAGCGCCUGCGGGCCUGCCGCGGCCACGACGAGCUGCUGCGCGUGUGCGACGACUAUGACGUGAGCCGCGACGAGUUCUUCUUCGACCGCAGCCCGUGCGCCUUCCGCGCCAUCGUGGCGCUGCUGCGCGCCGGCAAGUUGAGGCUGCUGCGCGGCCCCUGCGCCCUGGCCUUCCGCGACGAGCUGGCCUACUGGGGCAUCGACGAGGCGCACCUGGAGCGCUGCUGCCUGCGCCGCCUGCGCCGCCGCGAGGAGGAAGCGGCCGAGGCGCGUGCGGGGCCUACGGGGCGCAUGGCGCCUGGGAGCCCGGGCAGCGCCCUGGGGCCCGGCGGGCGGCUGGCGCGCGGCCGGCGGCGCCUUCGCGACGUGGUGGAUAACCCGCACUCGGGACCGGCCGGCAAGCUCUUCGCCUGCGUGUCCGUGACCUUCGUGGCCGUCACAGCGGUCGGCCUCUGCCUCAGCACCAUGCCGGACAUCCGUGCGGAGGAGGAGCGGGGCGAGUGCUCCCCCAAGUGCCGCAACCUGUUCGUGCUGGAGACCGUGUGUGUGGCCUGGUUCUCCUUUGAGUUCCUGCUGCGCUCACUGCAGGCGGAGAGCAAGUGCGCCUUCCUGAGGACGCCACUCAACAUCAUCGACAUCCUGGCCAUUCUGCCCUUCUACGUGUCGCUGCUCGUGGGCCUGGCGGCUCGGCCGGGCGCCGGCGGCAACAAGCUGCUGGAGCGCGCCGGGCUGGUGCUGCGCCUUUUGCGUGCGCUGCGCGUGCUCUACGUAAUGCGCCUGGCGCGCCACUCGUUGGGGCUGCGUUCGCUCGGCCUGACCGUGCGCCGCUGCGCGCGCGAGUUCGGGCUGCUGCUGCUAUUCCUCUGCGUGGCCAUGGCGCUCUUCGCGCCGCUGGUGCACCUGGCCGAGCGCGAGCUGGGCGCGCGCCGCGACUUCUCCAGCGUGCCGGCCAGCUACUGGUGGGCCGUAAUCUCCAUGACCACCGUGGGCUACGGAGACAUGGUGCCGCGCAGCCUCCCCGGGCAGGUGGUGGCGCUGAGCAGCAUCCUUAGUGGCAUCCUGCUCAUGGCCUUCCCGGUCACCUCCAUCUUCCACACCUUCUCGCGCUCCUACUCCGAGCUCAAGGAGCAGCAGCAGCGCGCCGCCAGCCCAGAGCCUGCUCUACGUGAGGACAGCACGCGCUCUGCCUCCGCCACUGCCACGGAGGACAGCUCACAGGGCCCGGAUGGCGCUGGCCCAGGCGGGGACUCCGAGGACGGGCCGUGGGCGCAGGCAGGGCCGGCCUGACCAUGGCAGCAGCUCCUCAUAAGCUCCAGAAAUAGAACUGCAGUCCUCGCUUCCCACCACGCAAGGAGGGGACACAGAAUACUUUGGAGGUCCAGCUUCUGUCGCCGCGCAUCUAGUCAGAGUGCAUGUUGUUCAACCAGCGCAGCCCGUAACUCGGCCCAGGGCAGACACCAGACUGGCUGGGAGUCAGAACCAUCCUGUGCUUUGAGUAAAGAGUUUAACUCCUAGGAGCAUCACCAGUCUGUGCCCCGCUUUCCUUUUAGGUCUCAUCCGAGUUUUGACUCUCUGGCUAACCAAAAAUAAAUUCAACUAGUCCCAGAAA